AUGAAACCAGGAAACCACACAUUCAGUGUCUCUGAAUUCCUCCUCCUGGGCCUGUCUGAGCACCAGGAACAGCAGCCUCUUCUCUUUGGCAUCUUCCUGAGCGUGUACCUGAUCACUGUGGUGGGGAACAUCACCAUCAGCCUGGCCAUUGUCUCUGACCCUCACCUCCACACCCCCAUGUACUUCUUCCUGGCCCACUUCUCCCUCACUGACCUGGGUUUAUCAUCCACCACUGUCCCCAGGAUGUUGGUGAACAUCCAGGCUCACAGGCAUACCAUCCCCUAUGCUGGAUGCCUGUCUCAGAUCUACUUCUUCCUGUGGUUCAUUGGUCUAGAUGUUUUCCUCCUGGCAGUGAUGGCAUAUGACCGGCUGGUAGCCAUCUGCCACCCUCUUCACUACACCUUGGUCAUGAGUCCCAGAUGCUGUAUCCUGCUGGUAGUCAUGUCCCUAAUCCUUGCUCAGGCUUACUCUCUAACCCACACCCUUCUCCUGGCUCAGAUAUCCUUCUGCACCGACAAUAUCAUCCCCCACUUCUUUUGUGAACUUCUCCCCCUGUUGAAGCUCUCUUGUUCAGAUACUUAUGCCAACAGGUGUGUGUUGACAUACUGGGGUGGGGCACUAACCAUCUUGAUCCCCUUGCUGAUUGUCAUUUCCUAUGCCCGCAUUGUGGCUGCCAUAUUGCACAUCCCAUCAGCGAGUGGGAAAUGGAAAGCCUUCUCCACCUGCAGCUCCCACCUUUCAGCAAUUUGCUUGUUCUACGUGUCUGCUAUUGGGGUGUACUUCAUUCCCUCCUCUGCGGAUUCAGCCAGCAAGGACAGGAUUGCAGCGGUGAUGUAUGCCGUGGUGACUCCCAUGCUGAACCCAUUCAUCUACAGCCUGAGAAACAGAGACAUGAAGAGUGCCUUGAAGAGACUCCUGAGCAGAAGGGCACUGCAAUCUCCAUGA